UUUUAUUUACUAUAUUUAUUUAUUAAUUAUUUUUUUUCUAGAUAAAAAUGGAGAACGAUGGCCACAUAUCUUACCAAUAGCAUACGGACGAUUAAAUGUGUAUUCGGAUUAAAGUAGCAAGGUUGCUGACGAGCUAAUAAAAAAAACACAAAACAAGAAUCACACAAUAGAAAACGAGAACAAUAGCCACGCUCAUCCGUCUAUUCAGAUUUUCUCUUUCAUUUUGACUGGAAUUUAUAGGGAAACCCGCAGUAGACAUUUAAGCUGCGAAAUAAGAUAUUUUUUAACAAAACGUUUUCUCUCGAAAUCAUUUGCCAUUUUGCAUGUUUUGAAGACCUAAAGAACACAUUGGAAGACGUUUGAGAGACCAAGAAACAGGGAUAGGGGUCAAAGAAUGGAGUGAAUGGCACAAAAAACGCUAUGUGUUGCGUCUUGAAAUGUAUUGUUACAUACCCAUUCGGCAACCCUUUACAUCUCUGCCUAAUCUAGAGUAGACCGGUAAGAAGGAAAAAUCUAGUUAUCUUUCUAGCUCCAUUAUUACUGUAACAACAUGGAACGCAUAUGAACGUGCCAUACGGGACCCAGAAUCGGCAAGAAAGGCUACAGGAGAAAGAAACAAGGAAGCGAUCCCCUAACAGCUAAUAUCAAAGCUAGCUAGCUAACUGUUGGCUAAUAAUAUUAUUUCUAAUGCGCGACCAAGGAGUAUGCGACUCGAUACCAAGAGUUGACUGCAGAGGGGAUGUCAGGCAGUAAGGCUCUGGGAGGGGCACGGCGGCGGCGGACGCGGUGCCGGCGCUGUCAGGCCUGCAUGCGGACCGAGUGCGGCGAGUGCCACUUCUGCAAGGACAUGAAAAAGUUUGGCGGGCCUGGAAGGAUGAAGCAGUCCUGUCUGCUCCGACAGUGCACGGCGCCUGUGUUGCCCCACACAGCGGUGUGCUUCUCGUGUGGGGAGGCGGGGAAGGAGGACACGGUGGACACGGAAGAAGAGAAGUUUAGCCUCUCUCUGAUGGAGUGUACCAUCUGCAACGAGAUAAUCCACCCCAGCUGCCUCAAGAUGGGUAAAGCAGAAGGCAUCAUAAACGAUGAAAUCCCGAAUUGUUGGGAGUGUCCAAAAUGCCACAAGGAAGGCAAGACCAGUAAGGACGGGGGUGAUGGCUCAGGGAAGAGGCGGAUGGACAACGGGGAGGUGGGCCGAUGGAAGCUAACGGACGAUCCUCCGCCCACCAAAAAGAAACCCCCCUCUUUAGAAGAUGGGGGGCGGCAGGACGGUCACAAGAGGAAGAAGGAGAAGGAGCUUCCCCAGGAAAGCGGCCCCAAAAAGAAGAUGAAAGGGGCACAUGAAAAACGCUUGAAAAAGAAACAGAAGCCAAACGUGUCAGAGACUGCAGAGUCCAAUGGGCCCAACUCCUCCACCGGAGGCGGCCAGGGUUCCGGAGGGGGUUCCAACUCCACGCAGUCCCCCACUUCCACGGCCAGCCAGGACCAGCGCUCGCACCACCGCGAGAAAUUGGAGCGCUUCAAGCGCAUGUGUCAGCUCCUUGAGCGUGUCCGCGAGUCCAGCUCAUCGAGCUCGUCUAGUUCCGAGUCCGACUCGGAGUCCGACUCUGACUCACCUUCCGGUUCAGAUGGCCGCCGCGGCUCUGAACCCUCCUCUCCCGUACCCGUCGCUUAUAGCAACAGUGCAAGGGAGCGCAACCGGGAACGGGACAGGGAGAGGGACAGGAGGCUGGCGGAGCUGGGCUUCAGUGCCAGUGAGGACUCUGAGGGAAGUGUUAAGGAGGAGGAGGAGGAGGCGGUGGAGGAGCAGGUUGUGGGAGACAAGCCUCGGCGUAGGGGGGAGGGACCUCCACGGGGCCGCAAGGGGCUCACGACGGACGGGAAUGAUGAGGAGAGCGGGGAGAAAAGUCGGAAGUCUACCCCAUUGCCUCCACCCUCCCCUCUCUCCUCCACUCAGCCUCCACCUUCCUCCGGCCACGGCCCCUCGCCAGGUUCCGAGGGCUUCUCCGGUAAGCGCAGCAAUGGUUCUGAGACGCGCAAUGGACGGACACGGGCAGGGGUGAGGGACCGGGAGACUCAGGAGAAGGAGAACGCCAACAGCAGCGGCGGCUCGGUGGCCAACCACCGACACGGAACUGGCAAAGGCAACAAGGGCAACAAGAUCCGUAGCAACAAGCAAACAGGGUCCCAACCAACGUCGAGGAACAGUAGCAACUCUUCCGCUUCUACUGCCACUACCACAUCCAACGGGGGAGGGGGGGGGCUGCUGGGCCCAGGCAGCAACUCCUCAGGGGGCAUGUCAGCCCUCGCCGCCUCACCCCGGUCACAGCCGUCCCGUAUGGCUCCACGCUCGCAGAUGAUGAAACGCAGCCCCCCUGCUGUGCCCUCGCCUCCCCGGCCUGUUCAGAUGGAGCGGCACUUGGUGCGGCCACCGCCCGCCUGCCCCGAGCCCCACUGCCUGCCCCUAGACAGCGGCUCCUCCCACGUGAUGCCCCGCGACGUCUGGCUCCGCGUCUUCCAGCACCUCAGCCAAAGGGAGCUGUGCGUCUGCAUGAGGGUCUGUCGGACAUGGAGCCGGUGGUGCUGUGAUAAGAGAUUGUGGACUCAGAUUGACCUCAGCCGGCAGCGCUCCAUCACUCCUCCUAUGCUGAGUGGUAUAAUCCGCAGGCAACCAGUCUCCCUUAACCUGGGCUAUACCAACAUCUCGAAGAAGCAGCUCAUGUGGCUCAUCAACCGUCUACAAGGUCUACUGGAGCUGAAUGUGUCGGGCUGUCCCUGGUCCUCUGUGUCGGCCCUGUGUCAGGCUGCUUGUCCCUGCCUGAGUCUGCUCGACCUCAGCCGGGUAGAAGACAUGAAGGACUCGCACCUGAGGGAGCUACUGGCGCCCCCUACUGACACUCGGACAGCUCAUGGAGAGAGCAGAGGGGGGAGGUUCCAGAACGUAACGGAGCUGCGAUUGGCCGGGCUGGACUUGACAGAUGUCACGUCCCGCCUCUUGGUGCGCUACCUGCCCCACUUGACCAAGCUGGACCUGAGUCAGUGUGGCAACAUCACGGACCAGACUAUCCACACACUGACCUCCCCCAUGUCUCCACUGAAGGACAGCCUCACCCACCUCAACCUGGCAGGUAAAGACUACACGGUACUCACUAGCCCCAAAUACACCCAAGGCUGUGUGAAGGUGACAGAGCAGUGCCUGCCUCUGUUGCGCCGCUGUGCCUCCCUGCAGAGCGCUGACCUGCGCUCCUGCACCUUGCUCACCCCCGAUGUCUGUCAGCUCCUCUCCUUCCCUUGCCCUGACGAUAGAGUGCUGCUCAAGAACAGCUAAGGGCCUGCGACGCCCUCCUCCCCCCCCCCCCCCCCACAUCAACCACCGCCACACUACAGAGAGAUAAGCGAACGAGAGGGACCCUGCGAUGUGGGCAGUGAGCUAGCCACUGAGGGAAAAGGACAUGGAGUGGGAGCCACGAAAGAGAAAGGGGGAAUUAGAGAAUGAGAACCAUAGACCUUUGCCUACAUUUCUCUGGAUUGACUUGUUUGUGAACGGACAUCAUUGAAAAUGUUUCAGCAUGUACAUAUUCAAUAUCUGUACAAUGGGUGUGUGUAUAUAAAUGUAGUUUACUGUAAAUUAUCCACUCUCCGCCCCUUACCUCCCUCCUACCCUCACACCAACCAUGGCACACAUUAUCCAGCUGACAUGUGUAAAGGCACUGCACUGCGCCGCCGUCUUGAACUAGCAUAAUUUGCACUCCAUAAUCAAAAGCUCCUGACGAACGAAUCAAUUUUGUGGCGUCAGACUACGAAGAAUGUACCCAAUGCCAGAGGCUGCGCCCCAUCAGAAGCCGUUUAAUGUACAGACGGAUGCUGGGCUGGUGUUUGUGUGUGUGUCUAAGCAUGUGUGAGAGAUGUAAACAGUGUUAAUGUGACAAUUGGAGCGAGAAAGAGACGGAGAUAUGACCUGUGUCUGUUUCCCUCACCACUAAGCUCUCUGCUGCCCUCAAUCUUUCAGGGGGGUAAGGACAUUCAAGGUCCUACAUAUCCUGUUCAAUAGCCGAGAGCCACUAGAGCCCAAAACUCCUAGCUCCGACCACAACCUCUUCCCGCCCAACGUGCCAUUCUUAUGGGGUCUGUCCAUCCUUGUGAAUCUGAUUGUCCUACUCCGUACCCUGGACAGCCCUUCCCAUCACACUCUGUCUCUGCUGCCAUGGCCCUUUUGCAGCUUAUGCUGCCCACCGUCUGUGCUGUGUGCGUACAUUAUGCAGAGAGCUGGACCUUGCUGUGCCCGACUGCAAUGAACCAUGCUUACCGUACUGUUCCAUUCCAGACCUGGAAUUUGUCAAGGCCCCUUUAUUCCCUGCUUCACGAUGCCUGGCUGAUGUAACCUUAUCUCGUAUAUGUGCAGACUGGUUCAGUCUAGAUCACGACCGCACAAACUUAGAAGUGAAUGACUGACACGUUUUGAGUAUGAAUUGGGAAAACUGUCGAAAACCGAGACCUUCCCAUGCACUGCGCUCGCUGCUCCACGUGGCAGGGGGGAUUAAAAUUAAGGCUGACCCUGGUUGGACUUUUGCCUCAGAUGUGAGGGACUUUGAAUAUUUCCCCAGAAUUGGGUUUUCAUGUCAGUGUCCACAUGCUGCUUAUCUUCCAAAACCAGGAACAUCCCAGCCCAUCCAACCUGCAUCGCAAUGUCAUUACCUUAAGGUCUUGUAGGAUGAGGGUUUGACUCAGUUGCAGCAUUAACCCCCAAAUUAUUUCUCCAUUAGGGUUACCCCUGUGCAUGCUGGGUUUUGACUCUAAUCACAAAUCCAGUGCAGUAUUUUUUUUAUUCAGUCUCAACUUAUUUGAACCAAUCCACUGUCAAUCCAGUUCAGAGGCCAACGUCAACAGUCAGGGUGAGCAGGAAAAGGUACAACUAUCAUUACUAAUAAUGGAUGUUAUCGGUUGAAACCAGCAUGUACAGGAGGUCGUUCAGACCAGAGCCCAAGCUGUAUUUAAUUUGGUUGAGAGGAAAUUGAAAAGACUUUAUAGCUGUAUUGAAUUAACAUGAGCAGUAUUUGACAUGCGUAAACGGUAUUCAGCUGAAUCGGGCUGCAUUGGACCAGUUCAAAAAGCUAUCGGACUGAUAGGGCCAGUUCAUUCAGUAUUGGACUGGACAGCACUUUGUCUUGCAAUGCUGGACUCAACCAUGCCAGGUUGGGUCAAGUUUUUCCCUUGUCUGUCUGUUUCUCCUCCUUCUAUAGCGGUUGUCCACUUCCUGAGCCAUGUUGAUCUAUAUUUGUGCUUCAGUGCCACAGUGGAUCUUGCUGCUGUGUGCUAUCUGGAGUGAAACCCCACCAACUCUAGGCAGGUUGGUGGACAGUCUUGAGCCUCAAUCUGUAAUUCUCAUCUAAAUAAUGUGUUUCCGUAUCUUUUCAACUAUUCUGUUAGACUUUCAGUGAUUCCAUCCUCAUCGGUUCUGUUAAAAUUCCCAAUACCAUUAUUAGAACUCAAAUCAGCUUCUUUUAGGUAUACAUGUAGGGCUAGAGACCUGCCAAGUAACUAUUGAGCCACUAGACAAAUGGUAGUUGUCCCAUUGCAUUGUUGUACAACUGACUGGGUAUCCCCCUUUCCCUGAAAGGUUGGUUUCAUCUUUACCCAGUUGUGUAUUCUAAAUCGCUUCCAGUGUUCCUGUGUGAAUUUAUAGACUUGCGUACAAAGCAUUGGUACCAAGAUUGCACUAACUGAUCGAUCAUAAGACAAUUUAGGAGGGAACACUGAGCUAUAGUGUGCUUUAUUACCCUGAAAGGGGUAUAUAUAUGUUAAAACAGGUAAAAUAAAAAAAACAGCCAAAUCAUGAACCUCAAACUUGAUUCAAAAAUAUAACUAAUUAGCUGUCCAUGCUAGUUACCAUUUAGCUGGGUAGUCCAGCGUGUUUCAAUGUUAGCUCAGGUUGAGUCCUACUUUAGAUCAUAGCUAAGUCAUUGUUUGCCACUAAGCUAUGCUGCUUACAGAGCUGAGCUUACCAUGUAGCAACUGUAAUUGUGGUGGGCUGAGGCUUACAGCGAAGCAAAUGUCCAAUAAAUGGUGGAAAAUUGCCUUCUGCCAUACACACUCAUUCGAAUCAAUAUUUAACUUUUCAUAGACAAUGGGUCAGUUUUCCAAAAAUGUUGUUUACUUCCAUCAGUAAUGUGGGAUUGUUACUACUCCUUGUCAUCCAGUAUGUUCUUGCAUUAGAAAGCAUAUCAAAAGUUAAACUGACAACCACUUUCAGAGAAAAUAAAUGGGUGGUGGUUCAUCGGAAUUGAUCCAGUAGUCCGAUAAGGAAAUUAUUCCAGACUCAAAUCUGUCAUAUUCUCACCCCAUCCUGAUCCCAACAUCCCAGCCUAGUCAAGUUGACUCAGACUUGACCCCUUGAUUGUACAGUCUUGUCUCUACCAAACUGUAUUGCACCAGAGCGAUGCACUGGAUCAACAUUGUCAUCACCUCUUGCCAAAAUUCCUGCUUUCUUUGAGAAGGGGCAUUUUAUCCAUUUUCGUUUUGCUCUUGUUCAUUGUUUCUUCCAUUGUGUUGAUCAAAAUGAGAAAGAAAAGUAGAACGAUGUGAAAAAGAGAAACUCAAGGCAGCUACUUACGAGUGACUACUGUAAAAUGACUAACUAAAUAAAAGACAGUGGGGUGGUUUUUA